AUGUCAGUUUAUCCUGUCACACCAAGUUUUACUGUUUCCAACAGUUUCAAAUUAGAUAUGUUAUCUCCACCAUUGUCACCAUAUCAAAGACUUGACACUCCUCCUGUCAAAUCUAAGGACAAAUCUAUCAAGACCGAUUCAAAGAUUGAUAAGUCAAGUAUCAAAUCAUUUUUAAAUAACAAACCUUUUAAUAUCGAAAAUUUUAAUAAUUAUGAUUUGAAAUUGAAUCCAUGGACCAAUUUGAAAGAUUACAAGUCCAACCAAUUUGAUUUCUUGGAGAAAUAUAACAUUUUAAAGGUUAAAGAACAACAACAAACUGUUAGUUUAAGACCAAAAAAGAGGAAAAUUGUUAGUCAUUUCUUUGAAAGUGACUCUGAUGAUAAAAUUAGAACUAGAAGAUCAACUAAAGAAUUAACUGAAUUAUCAGAUUCUAAUUUAUCAUCAAAUAAUUCAACAUCUCCUAAAAAGAGAAGAGUUGCAACUCCUCAACCAAUUACUAUUGAUGAAAAUAUCCCAGAUUAUUCUCCAAGUGUUGAUACUUUACCAAAUAAUAAUAAAUGUCUUAAAGUUGAAUGGAAAGGUCAACCAAUGGAUUUAUCAAAUGAUCCUCAUGUUGAUAAAUUACAUCCAGCUGAACUUUAUUUGGCUUCAAACUUGAGAUUAUCUGCUAUAUUAUAUUUAGAUUCCAAAAAGAGAUUUUUCCAUGAAAAAGUCAAUAGAUUAAAAGAAGGUAAACCUUUUAGAAGAACUGAUGCUCAAAAAGCUUGUAGAAUUGAUGUUAAUAAGGCCUCAAGAUUAUUUCAAGCUUUUGAAAAAGUCGGUUGGUUAAAUGAUAAUUUAUUUAAGAAUUAUUUAUAA